UGAGGUGGAGCCGUCUGACUGACUGGACACCGAAGACGAGCAAUUUUAUUACCAAUCUUGCAAUCGUUCGAAUCGGUAGUGUUCCCUUGUGCGGUCCGCGAAAUUGGUGCUUGGUGUUUCCAAACUGCAAAAGUGAAUCCAAAGUGCUGUAAAUUAGUGCUAAGCCUGGUCUCAACAACGAGUGAAAGUGAAAUUUGUGUUUUAGUUGCAGUGUCCAGGAAGUAGAAGAAGCUUCCCAGUGACCUGAUUAAAAAAGUCAGGUAGAUCCAAGUGCAGAAAUCUCCUGGAUCGAAGUAAAGCUAGCUCGAAAGUGCAUUUGUGCUAAAUAGUGUGGAAGAAACAGAAGUGUUGUUAUCUGUCAAGUGAUUAGAAGCAGAACACGACAAUGGAGGACGACAACAAAAAGCCCUACAAGAUCAAAGACAUCACCCGGGCCAUCAAGAAGGCAGUCGUUGCCGGCUCCUUGGAUGAGGUACGCUCGAAAGCAGCGGAAAAAUUCAAUCGACCAGAGCUGCCUAACAUUCACCUGGACUCGGACGGGACCGAGGUGGACGAUGAGGAUUACUUCCAAACGCUGGAACCCAACGCCGAACUGAUAGUUGUUUUUCCCGGGGAACAGUGGAUCGAUCCGACCCAUUACGUGACGAUAACGACCCACAAGGAAACCGGCGACACGACCGACAGCCCCGAGGUGGAACGAAUACAUCUGAAGAAGCUGGUCGCCCAGAUGAAAUCGAACCUGUGCAACGUGUCGGUGCUGAGCGAACCGGACCUGGAACUGCUCUCCAACAUGGACCCCAACUCGGUGGCGGACAUCACCGGGCGGGACUUUAUCGAGCAGCUCAAGGAAGCAUCAGGCAGAAUCCUGCAUGAAAAGCGACAGGCUCUUGACGCAAUUGAGCUGCUAAAGCUGAUCGCCAAGCAGAAUGCCACCAUCCCGAGCAUCGUGCACAACAUCCCGGGUGGUGAGCCUAACGACGACGACGACGACGAAGAUAACGAUGGUGACGAUGACAAUUACGUGGAGGGUUGCAGCAGCAGUAGGAGUAUCUUGGGCGGUGGUUACCCACUGCCCCCAGCCCCGGACGAUGUCGACGGUAGCAGCAGUAGUGCCAACCAGAGGAGAAGCAGCAGCAGCAGCAUCAGCAGUGGCAAACAAAUCACCCUCGAGUUGGAUCCCCGAACACUAGCCACCUUCCAUCAUCAGUACCAGCAGGAUCCGCUUAGCGCUUCCGGAACCCUGGUGCAUCCCGCGGUCAAUGCCGCGGCCUCCGCGGAUCUUGCGAAUGCUUCCCUGGACAGUGAUGCCGUCGCCCACCGUGGUGAUACGUCGAACAUUUGAUAUAUGGUUUAUCAGAUCAACUUUUGCCACAAGUAAGUUUCUGAUUCAAUUGUGCUCAAUGGUUCAAAUCAAAACACAAACGAACAAACCACGUUGUACAAAUUGUUGUUGAAAGGAAUCUUUUCUGGUGUUGAGUUUUGAGAAUGGAUUCCAUGAUUUUGCAGUCGAGCUGUCGAGAAAACUCUAUGAUGUUGAUCGAAGAAAAUCAAAAGAAAUAGUAACAUAUUUUAUUGUGAUCAGAAACACGUUGAUGAUACGAAUUGCAUGAAAUAAGUAGAACAAAAGAAGUCAUAAAAACACGAAACAUGUACACUGUCAACAAGAUAUCUGCCCAUACGGAUUGCCUUAAUUUAGUUAAUUAAAUAUAUGCGGUUUGGAAUUGGACUUAAUCCAUACGAAAAUUAAUUCGUGUACACAAGACGGUAUAACCUAGAAGCAGCUGAUCGAACAGAACAUGGUCUGAUAGUUCAUUGAUAGUUUUGAAUAAUCUGUGAGGGCACCACAAAAUCAUAUUCAGGAGUAUUAGCGUUUCAACCUAACACCAUUUUUUUUUUAAAUAAUUUUCAAUUAAAUGAAGAUUUGAAAACUUUCAAAAGCAUUUUAAUCUCCAUCUCCUAAUGUUCGUUUCCAAAGUCAUAAAAUUUAAUAUUUCUAUUUUUCAAACAUACUGAAUGUAUAGCAUUAAACAAGCUGAACAAAUAAAACAAUUGGC